AAUCCAUCCUCAGUGUUGUGGCCAACGAUCCAUCGCUGGCGGCGGCGGCGGUGGCGAAGACCGUCUGAGCGCGUUGCCGGACGACAUCCUGCUGGAAAUCAUGGGCAACCUCGGCGUCCGCGAGGCUGGGAGGAUGGCCGUGCUGUCGAGGCGGUGGCGGCGGCUGCCCGGCCUUCUCCCGCGGCUGGUCAUCGACGCCCGGGAGUUCGAGCCCGCCGCUCUCCGCGCCGGCUGGCACGCGAGGACGAAGCGGGCCAUGGAGCGCGUCGCCGGCGCGGUGGAGAGCCUUCUUCCCGGAGACCGCGCCAUCGAGCGGCUGCGGCUCGACGCGUACCUGCUCAGGGACGAGUCCUACACCGUCCGCCGCGUCGUCGAGCGCCUCAACGACGCCGUCGACAGCGGCAAGGUCGCGGCCGGCGGGCUGGAGCUCGUGUUCAGGGCCACCGGCGGAGGCGGCGCGCCCGAUCAGGAUCAGCCGAGCAAGCGGCAGGCGCGGCGGCUGGCGCGCCUCCUGGCCGCGGCCGCGUCGCCGAGCCUGCUGCCCUCCGUCGCCGAGCUUUCCCUCGUCAACCUGCGGUUCACGUCGCCGGCGCUCGCGUCCCUCCUCGGCCGCUGCACCGGCCUGGAGGAGCUCGGAAUGUACCAGUCCGACGCGGGGUUCGGCGCGGUGUUGGACGUGGGGCACGCGCGGCUGAGGCGCCUCGCCGUGCACGCCGUGGACGAGGCCAUGUACAAGAAACUGCGGGUGUCGUCGGCGCCGAGGCUGGAGCGCGUCGUCGUCGCCAACUGGUUCUGCCGCUACGCCCCCGUCUCGUUCGGCCACGUCCCGUGCCUCAGGGAGCUGCACUUGAAGAACAAAGCCGUUUACUACCAGGAACCAGUAAGACUAAGCAAAAUGUUGGCCAGCACACCGCACCUCGAGUCUCUGACAUUGGGGUUCUCAUCUUGGAGGAUUUGGAUCGAACCAGAGGCUCCCAAACAACUUGAACCGAUGUUCAGCAAGCUGAAGUCCCUCGUUCUGACAGGAAUUUUCCGUGGGUGCGACCUCUCGUGGACAUUGUUCUUCCUCCAAGCAGCGCCGGUUUUGGAGGAAUUUAUACUCGAGGUGGACAAACCUUUAGAUGCCAAGGCACCGAGUGAUAUUUAUGGCGAAAUGCCGAAGACCGACGAUGUGACAUGGCAGGUGCCUGAGUUCCAGCAUCACCAUCUCAAGCAUCUGUAGUUCAGUGGCUUCAAUGAAGAAGAAAUGCACUGGAGGAUAGUGGAGCUUGUCAAGGAGAGAGCUGUGAACCUGCAGAGCAUUGCUCUGGAUGACGGAUGCCAAGCCUGCGAUGUUGUGGCGAAUGAAUAUGUUCUCUCCGGUGGGAUCAAAAACAAGAAACCGGUGUUGUUAUCAGUGUCCCAGAUCACAGGAUCUCCUCCUAUUCUCACCCUUGUAUAGAGGGUGUAUCCGGUGCCUUGUGCUCGCAGGCGAGUAUAGGGUUGACGCCGACUCUUUUAAAUAUGUUCCUAAAUAUUUGACAUCGUUGACUUUUUAAAGCAUGUUUGAUCGUUCGUCUUAUUAA